GUGUUCCUGAAGCAGAAGUUACUUGGUUUAAGAACAAGGUUAAGCUGUCCUCUACUCACCAUGUGCAUGAUGGCUUGCUGCUAAUUGCAAAUGUUUCUCUGUCAGAUCAGGGGUUGUACUCCUGCAAAGCAGCCAAUCUUCGUGGGGAGGUAACUGAAAGCUCCCAGCUGUUGGUUCUCGAACCUCCACGACCUCUUCCUUACCUAGAAGACUUGACAGCAGUGCUUUCCAGUGCUGGGACCAACACUCGUUCAGUGCUGACCUCUCCUUCAGGAACAAAAAUGACAGUCAGUCCAGGGAGCUCUGUUCUUAUAGGUUGUGCUGUGGAUGGUCAUCCAAUCCCAAACAUCACCUGGUUUUACUCUGGUGAGCCUCUCAGUCUGCAGCAUCGCCUUCUGGCAGUGGGCCGGAUUCUUCAGAUACUCAACAUCAGUGAUGCUCCUGAUGGUGAAUUCAGCUGCCUGGCUCAGAAUGAGGCUGGCUCACUCACACAAAAAACAUCCCUGGCUAUACAAGAAUACCGAUGGUCAGUGGACAAGCUGAUGGCUUGUUCAGCUUCCUGUGGCCACAAAGGAGUGCAGCUGCCCCAGCUGAGGUGCUUACUGGAUGGGGCCGAAGUCAAUGUAUCCUACUGCAAAGAGAAGCCCAAGCCAGCCCUGCAGCCUGUUGCAUGCAACAGGAGAGACUGCCCUUCACGAUGGAUGGUGACAUCGUGGUCUCCUUGCUCACGGAGCUGCGGUGGAGGCAUCCAGAUGCGGCGAGUGACAUGUCAGCGCCUGACAGCAAAAGGCAGCUCUGUCCCGAUGUCGAAUGAAGCUUGUGCCCAGGUGUCCAAGCGCCCUGUGGACACACAGAACUGUAACAGGAAGCCCUGUGUUGAGUGGACAACUUCUUCCUGGAGCCAGUGUAACAGGCCUUGCAUUGGACCACGGCUGGCUGUACAGCACAGACAGGUAUUUUGCCAGACCAAAGAUGGGAUUUCUGUGUCAUCGGAUCAAUGCAGUGCCUUACCAAGGCCUUUGAGCACCCAGAACUGCUGGACUGACGUCUGUGGUGUGCACUGGAGGGUCAGUCUGUGGAGUGUCUGCACGGCUACAUGUGGAAACUACGGCUUCCAGUCCCGGCGCGUGGACUGCCUGCAUGUCCGCACCAACAAACCCGUGCUGGAGCAUCACUGCUCCUGGAGACCACGGCCAGCGAACUGGCAACGCUGCAACAUCACGCCCUGUGAAAACGUGGAGUGCAGAGACACCACAAGGUACUGUGAGAAAGUGAAGCAGCUCAAACUCUGCCAGCUAACCCAGUUCAAGUCACGCUGCUGUGGGACUUGUGGAAAAGCUUGAAGACAGAAGCAAUGAACAUGGAGGAACAAGGGGAUCGCAGCCUUUGCUUCACUGAGGCAAGGACUUUUACAGAAAAUAUAAAUGGAAUGGAAUUCUUUUUUUUUCAUUUUAUUUAUUUAUUUCCCUUUAAAAA